UUCUUGGGAUUUUGGGACAGGAUUGUAGCCAAGCGGUGACAGCCUUGAGGAGCAGCUGGCAGAAAGCAGAAUUCUGGUUCAGUUUUUUACAUGUAGAGUCUAUUUUGUGAACGAUGCAACGAGACAGGAUGGGAGUAUGAGUGGCAUAAAUUUGGUAUUUCGCCUGACCAUUUUUUGGGCGAAUUUCCGCAUAAAAGUGUCGAAGGUUUCAAACUUGCUGGAUAUCUCAUGUUGUGUAAACCAUUCUAAACAGAAACACAUAUAUCGUUUACCAGGUGUAACUCUGUAAGGAUAUCACGCCUGCUAAAUCGUUAACCUACAUCCCUAUACGACCAGGACCAUGCACAAGUCCACAAUAACAUGUGACGGGCAGGAUCUUGUGGUUGACAAGACAGGCCAGGACAUUGUCUUUGUGACUGACAAGCGAGGAAACUCCAUGCAGCUACAAAUGUUUGAGGGCAUCCUGUACGGCACCGUAUACAGACGGGCGGUUUUACAGCAGAUUAAACACUUCCAGUUACGAGAGGAUGACAUUUAUCUAUCAGCGUAUCUCAGAACAGGAACACAUUGGACGUUUGAAAUGGUUGGUAUGCUGCUCAAUGGAACUGCUGAAACAAUACCCAAAUUCAAGGGAAAGAAUCAACUAGAAUUCAUGACGAAUGAUGAACUGAGUAGUCUCCCCUCUCCAAGAAUCAUCAACACUCACUUCAAACUUUCUCGUGCACCAACACAGCUAAGAGAAAAGAAAUGCAAGAUAAUCUACAAUCUGAGAGAUCCAAAGGAUGUUGCAAUCUCACUCUACUGGGCAUAUAUGGAUGGAGGGCUAUCUGGCUACCAGGGCACAUUCACAGAUUUUCUAGAACUUUUCUGCAAAGGGACAGUUGACAGCAAUGGGAUGUUUGAAAACCUGCGAGAUGCUGAAACAUUCUUUGAAGAAAAUCCUGAUAUACAAGUGCACUUCCAAGUUUACGAGGAGACAAUAAAGGAUCCUGCAGCACAAGUGAGAGCUCUCUCUGACUUUCUUGGGCUUGAGAGAAAUCACGAACUGUGUUGUGCCAUUGCGGAAAAGUGUACCUUUGCAAGGAUGAAAGCUGACAAGGACAAGUACUCAGUGAAAGUCAAUGGGAAAAACUUCUUUUACCGGAAAGGUAUCGUUGGAGACUGGAGGAACUGGUUCACGGAGGAGAUGUUAGAGGAGUACUACCGUGUGUAUGAGGAGAAGAUGGCCGGGUCAAGAUUUUAUGAACGUUACGCCAGGAAGAAGAUCGAUAAUACAACUUCAUGACUCAAUUCGGGAGCACCAUUCCCUAAUCAUUGUUACCGAACACUAAUUACCGGUGACGCCAUUAAAAUCAGAAUACAAAUAGAAUUUUAUGCGUGAAUGAAA